AUGACAUCCGGCCAUAUUGUCAUCCCCAUAUUCUAUCAUGUAGAGCCCACCCAUGUUAGGAAGCAACAAAGUAGCUUUGGAGAUGCAAUGGCUAAGCAUAAGCAGACAAUGGAGGCGGAGAUAAAUGUAACCAAAAGAAGUCAGCGGGCUCAAAAGAUGGACCGAUGGAAUAAAGCGCUUACAGAAGUUGCUAAUUUGAAAGGAAAUGAUGUUUAUGGAAGGACGGAGUUCAUUGAAGAAAUUGUGAAGGAUAUCCACCGAGUGUUGAAACAAAAAAAGGGUAAGGAAAAUAUCCUAGGCCUUGCCCUUGACAUGCACAUGCUUGAGAAAGAGAAUUGUUAUAGUAAUCCACAAAGACUUGAGAAGAGGCAAAAGUUGGAUGGAUUGAGCUUAAAAGACAAAAGAAAACCACAGUUCUUCAGAAUCUGUAAUCCAGAUGUUUUAUGAAUUUGGAAUAUUCAGCACAAUAUAUGUGGCGGAGGAGAUGCCGAGUUUUUUUAAGUAUAGAAUCGUGGGGCCAUCAAUAUCAUUUACCAUUCCAUCAUCAUCAUCAUUAUCAUCUCCAAACAAGCUCCUUACAGGAAUUAAUUGCUGCUCUCUGCACACGUGGCGAACAUUGGAUCAAACGCCUUCAUCUGUAGAUGAUCAGUUCCCUACAUGGCCAAUGGUCACUAUUAGUAAUAUAACAAAAAACCAUAUGUGGAUAUACGAACGUUACAUUGACAGAUAUAGUCUAAAUCGAAAGUGUAGGGUGAUGUUAAGUCAUUGGAUGUUUGGAAUGAAUGAGAUGGAAGCUGGUGACCACAUUUCUAUUAGUGUUAUAGAGCCGUUUUAUGAAUCUGUAAAGGAGUGUGGGGUGACUCUUGUGUAUAAUGAUGGAGAAGAAGAAGAAGGAGAAGAAGAUGCGUUGGGUUAUUACAAGUCAUGGAAUCACAUAAUUGGUGGAGAUCUCUCUCCUUUUCAAACAAAAACAGGACAAUACAUCCUAAACAACAAGCGGUUUUCUUCACGUGGCAUUAGCUUGUUUCCCUAUCAUCGUAAAUUUGUUGUAAAUGGACCUAGUUUUCAAGCAAAAGAGAAGGGUUGGUUUAGAGCUCUAUCCCCAAGGAAGCCUGACAUACUUGGUCGUGCAUGUGAGGGUAAGGGGGAAUCUUCAAGGUCUCAUCCUUGACAUGAAAAUGCUUUAGAAAGAGAGGCUGAAUGGCUGUCUGAAUUCAACAAUAGAUGCAUUUACAGAAGAAUUAAGAUGGUUUACUUCUUGUCACCUCUAGUAACGACUUAUCUUUUCAGUUUUUGUUUUGAUAAUUGUAUCUUUGAUUGCCAAAAAUAGGGGAA